AUGUCUGUGUGUCGUAGUGGCAGGCUGAGCGUGCAUUACUGGCUCACACUGAUCUCAGGCCUGCUGGAGUGUUUAUGUUUUGCCGGGGUGAUGUUCGGAUGGGCCUCGCUGGUCUUCGUGCUCAAGAGCGACAGUUACUUCAGCUACCUGUGUGUCAACAACACAGUCAACGGCACUGACAUUACAGACUGCAGUAAACAGGAUGAGCAGCUCUCAACCAUCUUCACCAUCGCCUCCUCUGCAAACAACUUCUUCAUGCUGCCCAUCGGCUUCCUGUUUGACCAUUUUGGUACCACGGUGAUUAGACUACUGGGAAUUUCUCUCUACACCACUGGUACCUUUUUGAUAGCGUUCUCAAGUGCUGCAUUGUCGGUCCUUCUUUACCCUGCUCUCACCCUCAUUGCUCUUGGAGGACUAAUCUUCUUAGUCACAAACAUGCAGGUGGGGAAUCUGUUCGGAGCUCAUCGCUCUACUGUCAUCACGGUGUAUAACGGAGCAUUUGAUUCUUCUUCUGCUGUAUUUCUUGUAAUCAAGCUGCUUUAUCAGACUGGAGUAUCUUUCCAUCAUUCCUUCAUCUUCCUGUCCUGCGGCAGCGUGAUUCAUCUGUUCCGCACGUUUCUGCUGAUGCCUCUCAAACACAUUCCUUACCCUCUUCCUGAGAACUACACCUACGGGCUGAGAUGUUGGAAGUCUCGUACCUCAACUGCAACAGAGAACGGCAACCUCCAGACUUCCCAGGAGACGAAAGCACUGUUAGCUGGAAGAAAGAGUUCUCCUCUAGCCACUUCAGAGAAGCCAAAACAAAGCUUUAGGAGCUGCGUCUUUUCUUGGUUCUUCUUGUGGCACGUGCUGUGGCUGUCAGUCAUGCAGCUUAGACACUUGCUGUUCAUUGGGACCCUGAACCCCACGCUUUACCACCUUGCAGCUGGAGACCACCACCUUGUGAGUAGCUACACAAAUGCGUUUGCUUUCACCCAGCUGUGUGGAAUAUUGUGCGCCCCUUGGAACGGGCUCAUUAUGGACCGGCACAAAGGAAAACCCAGAGAAAAAGGUGAGAGUGAGAGCGAGGCCGACCUGAAGGCAACUAUACUAUCUCUGUUUCUGACCGUCGUUCAGUGUCUGCUCUUCUCCCUGUGUGCCACCGUCCCUCUGCUGCCCCUGCAGUACCUCACCUUCGUCCUGCAGGUCAUCAACAGAUCCUUCCUGUACGGAGGAAACGCGGCCUUCCUCAGCGUGGCGUUCCCCUCUGAACAUUUUGGGAAGCUGUAUGGGACAGUGUUGGCUCUCUCGGCUUUCGUGGCACUCCUGCAGUAUCCCUGCUUUGCUCUAAUCAGUGGAGCUCUGCAUGGAAACCCUUCAGCUGUGAACAUCGCUCUGACCAUCCUGAUCUGCGUGGCCUUUAUCCAUCCACUCUUCGUUUAUCUGCACUGCAGGCGACAGGCUGCUGCACGGACCAAAGCCAACACAACCACCACCACCACCACCUUUUAG